CAAAUGUUUAUUACUCAAAAAUUUGGCUAUUCUUAUUUAAAUUGGGGUAAUGCUUUAAUUGCUGCUGCGCAUUUUUCAAAAUUAAUUGAAUGUGGUUUUAAGCCUGAAAUGCUUUGUUAUAUAACUUCUAAUGAUGGGCAAAGGAUUUUAAUUGGACAUAUUCUAUCUAUUCUUCUUCCUCCAUCUUUUUCUGUUAAUCGUUUACUGAUUGGAAAAUCAAUUGACACACUUAUUGGUCAAGAACCCGAGGUUAUUAUAAAAACAAAAACAUUUCAACACCCUUUACAUCACUCAUCAGAACCCCAUAAAAGCGAUUUUAAUUUGUCUUUGUGGAAUUUUGAGAUUUGCCAUGCUAAACGUCAAUUCAUGGCAAUUUUGCAGUAUAGAGAUUUAGCAUAUAAUACUUUACCUGAAUUCAACGAAUUACUAAAAUGUUUUAAACAGAGUGGAUAUAUUUGUGGGCCGAAUGAUAUUUUCAAACUUAAAUUUGGAGAAUUUGAAGAAAUUAAAAGAAAAGUAAAAGAAAAGGGAAUGUUGGCUAGGAGAUGUUUUUCCAAUGGUUAUUUUUCCGUUUAUACACAAACAAAUUGUUUUAGACAAUUUGCCUCAAAAAGAAAUAUUUUUACUCAAAAUCAACGAAAAUUUUGGUUUUCAAACAAAAUAUUUUUCAAUAAAAAUGGAUUAAUUAUUUUACCUCAAUUAACAAAUUUCUCUUCCGUGGCGCGGGCUGUGGCCGAAUCUUCUCCUUCAUCUUUAUUUUGUGAUGAAAAUUUUUCUCUUAAAAAAGAAUGGAAUGAAAGGUUUAAACAAAUUGAAAAAUUAAAAAUUGGAUAUGAUGCUUCAGAAUGGAUAAUGUUGGUUCAAAAAAAGUAUAGUGGUGGUGGAAAGGCUAGUGCUGUUGAUUUAGAUAUAGCGAGUGUAAUGGCACAACAUAAUGACCAAAUUAACGAUUUAAUUGAACUUUGCUAUAAACUUAGGCAUACAGACAAUGCUACAGAUUUAUUUCCAUCAACUGAGUAUGCAAUAUUUAGAUUAAUACUUGAAAAUGGUGAUUUUGAAAAUUUUAUGAAAGUUUUGAAUGAUCCGGUUUGUUUUAAUUGUAAAAUAUAUUUAAAUAAGGUACUUUCCUGUUAUCGGCCCUCCAUUUUUUCUUCCUUUUUUCUCAGCCUAGUUUCGUACAGAAUGGUCAGAUUUUCUUUCUUUCUCAAAUUCACUCCAUUUCCCGAUGGCAUAAUCAAAUUAGACAUUAAUGAAGAAAAGUUGCGGAAAAAAUCCUAA